AUGGCUGCUUCCACAAGAACGUAUCUGGCGUUCCAGCACAACGCAAAGUUGUACUCUCUUGCCACAGCGGUCCGAUCAAUACGCUCAGCGACUUCGCUAGAAGAGGCCAACCAAUCCUUGUUCAAACAGAUCACUGACGACGACCAUGUGGUCAUCACCGAACAAACAAUCUUCCACCNNCCUCAAGGUGGUGGCCAGCCAUCCGACGUCGGCAUCAUGAAGACAUCAAACAGCAUCUUUAAUGUUAGUGCUGUACGCAUGGAUGCCGUCUCCAACGGACAAGUUCUGCACUUUGGACGUUUCGAGCCUGGAAACAGCGCGUUCGCCGAAGGAGAAGCUGUUACUCAGGAAAUUGAUACCGAGAAGCGCCUACUCUACUCCAGGUUACACACAGCAGGACACGUACUUGGAGCUGCAACCAGAAAACUGCUUGAGAAAGAGAUCGAAGGUUUCGAUGAGCUCAAGGCAUCCCACUUCCCUGACGCUGCAUCUUGCGAGUUUCAAGGGUCAAUCGAGGGCAAGUGGAAAGAUGCAAUCCAGAAGAAGGUCGAUGAGUACCUCGACGGAGACUUGCCGGUCGAGAUUGAGUGGUGGAGCGAGGAGGACUUCAAGAAGAAUGGUCUCGAAAGACUAAUCACCGACAACCCCAAUGUCGCAGCGGGAGAGAAAUUCAGAGUUGUCAAGAUUGUCGGAGCAGAUACCUACCCUUGCGGUGGCACUCAUGUUGACAGCACCUCAGCUUGUGGCAAGACAACAGUCAGGGNNAAGAUCAGCAGGAGCAAAGGAACAAGCAGGGUUUCAUAUGCUGUUGCAUAG